GGUAUAUAAAAAUCGAUAUGGUACAAGUCAAGUUAAGCAGACACUAGCUUUGGUGAUCUGUACUGAUACUGCAGAGCAGCUAGCCCUUUUAUUUUUCGACAAUGCGAAAAACUGUUUAACUGCUCAAGUAAGUUGUAUAGAAUGAUACUGUCACAUAAAAUUUCUAACCAACUAAUCACAUACAAUAGAGAGUAGAACAACUGAGAAACAACUCCAUUCCGUCAUCAGCAGUUGUUUCCACUGUUCAUAUGCUAGAAGCAAACAAAGAGGUGAAUCGAAAGAGCCACUCUGAUCCAAGAAUUCUGUUAGGUUUUACAUCUGGACAUCUUUUGAUGUACCGCAUUCGUACUCAGGUUUACACGUACAAUGCUCCCCGUGUUCGAGAUCCUGUCGAUCUCACUGAAUUUGUUAAAUUAAAGAACCAGCCUAUCGAUCAUAUAGCUUGUACUAGAACUUCCAACAACUUAAAGGUCUUCGUUACAAUUUCGCAGAAUGGUGAUAGCGAAAUUGACAAUAAUGCUACUCAUGACGAUAACAAGCCGUAUGUUCGCCUCGUAGAAGUUUAUGCUGAUAACUUGAAAAAAGACUUAGGACUCUUUUCACCUAAUGCUGACGGAUGUGGAACCGACCCACUGAAUGAUCAGAUUGUCGCAAUUGACUUUGCCUUGGUUCGCAAGAUUCCUAGUACGGAUAGAACACACUUGUUCUUACUCACGGAAAAUGUGUCUCAUUAUUUCCUUAAUAUUUGGACCGUUGGCUUUGACGACAGUACAAGUCGUUCCUUGCGACAAGUUUCUCGUUUAUCCUUUCCCAAGGAGACCUGUUAUGACAUGGUGCUCAAGACUUUAAAGCAAGAUAAUAACGGAAUUUCGUCAUCUUCCUUCACUUUUGAUAUGAAGGGCUUUUUACAGACGAACGGAAGCAGUGUUCUUUAUGAUACGAUUAUCCAGUUUUACAAAUCACAUGCAAACCAGUCGUUAAUGGAACAUCACCGCGCUCAGCACGACAAUGUUGAGGCUGAAAACAAAAGAGUGGCAUCCACACCUUUAGAAAAGUCAUCGCCCAUUAAAACGGCAAAGAAGACACGGUAGUGACUCUUCAGAUGAAUCAAUAGUUAAAGAACAUGCUAGCGAAGUAUGCACCAACAGUGACGAAAUUGAACGCAAGAGGGCAGCACCCAUAUCAUUUGAAAACAGUUGUACAGUCAAACGACAAAAACGAUGCCAUACCCCAUCGUCUGUCGACAAUUCACCGCCACCACUACUCAGUCCACCUCCAUCAGCAUCAUGUCUCAAUUUAGAAGAAAAUGUUGAGUCCGCUCAGCUUCAACAACAAUCUACUGAACCUCAAGAUGAUGUCCAUUAUGAAGAAGCAUUGCAUGAUGGUCAAGGUGAUGACUGUAUCUCCUUCAGUUCAGCAUCAUAUAUUGACGACAAUGUUGAAUCCGCUCA